UCGGAGGGGCAUGCCGGAAAUAAACAAAGGGGCAUUUCGAAAAUAUAUCGAAAACGAAAAUUAAAAAAAAAAAAAAGACCCKCUCACGUGCUUGUCGCUUUGAGGAGAAGUAUGUUCCCUGCCGCGAAGGAGUGGCUUCCCUGCUUCUAUCACAAAGGGCACGUCGAAACUUCAAACGCAAGUGGAUGGAAAAACGGUAAGACCGGAUCUUCUCACGUGCUUGUCGCUUUUAGGAGUAUGUCCCCUGCCGCGAAGGAGUGGCUUCCCUACUGCCAGACAAAGGGCAGGCGGGAGCUCCCAGAAGUGGCGUCGGCUAUCUCUUCUUCCACGGCAUUUGAGCCGAGGAGAGGGAGCUCAAGGGGCGACUCCAGGCGAACAGCUCCGGGAAGGCGUUAUCUGUUGCCAUCGCCGGAAGAGCUCAUCUGUCGCUGGGCGCGCGGAGACAAGAGCAAGGUGAAACGAAAGGCGAAGACGAAGAGKAUCAGGCACACGGUUUUCGAGUCCGUGUCUACGAUGUCGGCGAUGGUGGUCGUGCUGUUGCUGGGGCUUCUCCAGCUUGCCGUUCCUGGACUUGCUCAAAGUCCGCCACCUGGUACGGUAAAGAUCGAGAGCUWGACCUAUGCUGGCACUGGCUGUCCGCCUGAAGKUCUCGAUCUUGCAAUCUCCCCCGACGGAAUUUCCAGUUUGGGUUUCACGAAGUUCAAAGUGUUCACUCCAGGACGUAAAGCUGACCUGCGGAAAAGCUGCCAAGUGGGCGUCGCCCUGAGAUAUCCUGCUGGGUUCACGUUUAGUGUGACGACUGUGGCAUUUCGAGGGUCCGCCCAGUUCGAGGGAGGCGUCACGGGUGCACUGGCAGUUGCGUACUACAUCUCGGGUUUCCCAGGGACAGUCAGAUCCUCGCACAGCUUGCCUCCUCCCGUCGACGGCAACUUUGAGUUCUCGGAYMGCUUCGCAACCUUGGCCUAUGCACCGUGUGGCACUGAGUCGGUGUUGCUCAAUGUCAAUUUCGAGGCAAGAGUAGUGCCCCCACCCUCGCCGAAGAAGAACAACAAGGCCUUGGUCGUCCUAAACAACAAGGGCUCGAUCACCGUCACCAGUGCGGGUUUUAGUCUGCUCUGGAAGAAGUGCUAAGGGCAUACUGGCGGCAAAUACAGCGAGAUCCAGUUCAGAAAGUCGUAAUGUGAGCAUGGCCUAAKCUGAUUUAACCAGGCGUCAACAACAGGGGGGGGCGUUUCUUCGACAUCAGCAAGCUACUUGGAGAGAAGCAGAAUGAGCGACCGGGAGGGGCUCAGCUUGGAGAUGAGUGGAUUAAUCUAUUGGUCCGCAGCUGCAUUGUAUUGUCCGGGGCGCGUCACUGAGCGUGGUCAGCUAAGAACUGGCGACAUCACCGACGCAG